CGGUAAUCCAACCGGCCACUCAGGCACUCUCAACGUCGAUAUAACUCUUCGCAGUCAACUCCCGAGAAUAGGCAAAUGAGCUCAGAAGAGAUCGGACAUCCCGCCAACGAAGAGUCGCCCCUCAUAAAUUCCCCAGACCGCGAGAAUCAACCGACGAACGACAUCUCCACCCAAGUCAAAAUCAUGGCUAUCCUCCAGACCCUCGCCGCCGUGUACGGUGGUACAGCCGUAGCUCUGGGCGCGUUCGGAGCUCAUGGUCUUAAGAAGAAGAUCCCGGAUCCCCAGCGCCUUCAGAACUGGAACACCGCUGCUCAGUACCAAUUGCUACACUCGGUGGCCGCACUGGUGGCCGUAUCCCUGGCGCCCCAAACCCGGGCCACGAAGUGGGCAGGUGGUCUCUUCAUCGCCGGCAUGACCAUGUUCAGCGGAAGCCUGUAUCUCUUGACCCUGGACCCUCAGAGGUUCCGCGCCAUGGGCCCCGUCACCCCGUUAGGAGGGCUUGCCUUGAUCGGCGGAUGGGCUGUGUUGGCCGUUGCAAGCCGGGGCCGGGUUGGUCUGGGCGCUCUGGGUGCGAGAUAAAUACUCGCGAGAUAAGUACUCACGAGAUGAGGGUAUGUCGCGUGACGGCAAGAUGGCGAGUGCCAUCGUACUAGUGUUGGGGGUCUCAGGGGAGAAGCUGCAGCGUGUAAAGUUUUUGUAUUAUCUACAUGUAUGUGUAUAGUAUUGAAAAAAGAAUAAAAGAAAAAAAGGCCACUCUACUCA